AUGGAGCCAGAAAGAGGCCUAAUCGCGUAUGAAGAGCCGGCUCCAGAGUCGACGGACCUGCUCUCGAGCGCGUGGUGCAGCUCGGCUAUCCAAGUUCAUCACACAGGACCCAAGGAGUGCUCGAUGGCACUGGUGGAGCACCCGGUCAUGGCGCUCGGUAACGACAGGAAUGACAUGCUGGCAAAGAGCGAUCGUAGCCUGGUGGUUGACAACAGCAGUUUCAGCACGACCCAGUGGAAAUAUGAUGAUCUGAAGUCAUGGAUUUGGCUGCAGAAGGCAAUUCAUCCCGAACUGGACUAUGAUCUCUGCCUCAAGAAGAAAUGGCUCCCGCGCAAGAUGGCGCCGUGGAACGGGAUCUCGCUCAAGAAGUGGGUCAAGGAGCGGAAGCAGAAGCGCAAGGAGGAAGCGCGGCUGCAGCGGGCCGAGGUCCAUGCCGCCGUGUCCGUGGCCGGCGUCGCGGCCGCGCUCGCCGCCAUCGCCGCGGAGAACGCCGCGCGGCCCCGCGCGCCCGGGAUGAGGGAGACGGCGGUGGCGUCCGCGGCCGCGCUCAUCGCGGCGCAGUGCGCCAAGGUGGCCGAGGCCGCGGGCGCCUCGCGCGACCAGGUCGCGGCGGCCGUCGACGCCGCCAGGGCCUCCACGGACGCCAGCAGCGUCAUCACGCUCACCGCGGCCGCCGCCACCUCACUGCGUGGCGCUGCGACGCUGAGAGGACGGCGCAGCGCCAGCGGCGGCGGGCACGGCCAGCACGAGAGGGCGGAGCACUCGGGGUCGUCGCUGUCGCAGGACGACCUCGAUUUCGACUUCAACCACGCGAGGUCCAGGGCGGCGCUGGCCAAGGGCGACGAGAUGUUCGUUGCGAUGCCGGACGGGAAGUGGAAGCUCCACACGGUGUCGGCGGCGUCGAACAAGCGCGGCGAGAUCGUGCUGCGGAUCAAGAAGACAAACCUCGUCAUGGCCUUCUCCCACGCAAAAGAAAGCGUGAUCCGCGACGUGCGGCCGUGCGCCCCGGAGAAGCCGAGCCACGAGGCGGGCGCGACAUACCCGGUGGAGGUCUCCACGAACAAGGGCAAGGUGGAGCUCCGCGCGGACGACUACGGCGUGUACAAGCGGUGGGUCGCGACGCUGAGCCACAUGCUCGUGAUGUCCACCGCGGUCUCCGUCUCCACCAGGCACGACCCGCCGCGGCCGGCGCGCCGGGACUGA